AUGAAGCAGCAGACACCGGACAAACAUUUCCGCUGUAAUAUCUGCCAGCGAGGCUUUACGCGCAUCGACCAUCUCAAGCGACACCACCUCCGCCAUUCCGGCGUGAAGCCAUAUUCCUGUGUCUUUUGUUCCGAAUCAUUUGCACGAUGCGACAAUUUACGAGAUCACUAUCCGGAUUGCCCACAACGAGGAAAUCGCCCGAUCCCAGAAACUGGGCAACGAGGUAGACGCCGACAUGCGUGCGAAUCGUGCACAUCCAUGAAGCUCCGGUGUGACGGCGAGAGUGACGGCGGAUCAAAGGCAGUCCAACCAAUGGUCGCAUUAGAAUUUCUCCCCGUCAAGAGCGAAGAAUAUGAGCCGUCCGAUCGUGGUUCAAUCAGCUUUCUUUUAAAUGGAGGCACCGACAGCUUCACGGAAAACUUCCAUCUACCCCCUCACAGCGAUCGCGCUCGAGGCAUGGUGUUUCACACUCAAACAGAACGAGAAAAUCCGUCCAGUCCCCUCAUUACCAAUACGAUCGAAACCAAGAAUCCCGGCGUGGACGAUGCUAUUUUCCCAGACUCGGACGAUUUGGCUACCUUCCACGAUAAUUUCAUGUCUUUCAUCACUGGGCCCUUUGCGGACACUCAUAAGUCAUAUCUAGGAGGUUUCGGUGGUCAGACAACGCUCACACCGGGCCAUGACCUAAAUUUGGCCGUGGCCGGUGAUUCGUCAUACUACGAGCCGGAAAGGCCAUUUUCAACAUCUUUGAUUCAAUCCAUAUUGGCCAGGUCCUGGACGAUGAAUCUGGAUGAAAAAUCGCAGCAAGAAAUUUCGACAAACCUGCAUUUCCUCUUGACAACACAGCGUAUCCACAAGUUUGUUGCUCUUUAUUUCCGAUACUGGCAUCCUAAUUGCCCGAUUAUUCAUGCGCAAUCGUUUGAUGUCGAGCAUGCACCAACACCACUGUUAGCUUCUGUGGUAUUUAUGGGAGCCAUGUAUUCAAGCGACGAGCGCGAAACGUACGUUGCCAAACGAGUCUUGGAUUUCGCAGAACUUUACAUUUACUCGACCGAUGCAUUGUCAUGCGAGAAUGAAGUCGGCCGUAUAUUCAUGGGUCAACCAACUACCGAAACGGAACGAAAAGAUUGGGCAAUGUUUCAGAAUUUCCAGGCAGCCUAUCUCAUGGUCGUGAUCCAAUAUUGGGCAGGGACAAAGGUCUCUCGAAACAGGGCGAUGGAGACCCGCUUUAGUGAAAUCAUUCUGAUGGCUCGUAAUAUGGUGCUUACAAAAUGUCGUCAUCUACCGGAGGACCGAAUUCAAGAGAGUUUGUGGAUCCAAAAGGAGUGCAGGAUUCGCACGAUCAAUAUUAUUUCCUUACUCGACUGUGCAUUUUCAUUCUAUCAGAAUUUUCCCUGUCGACUGACGCCUGCGGAACUGGAAUGCGACCUGCCUUGCGAAGACUUGGUCUUUAAUUCUGUACAUCCUUUUACUCAUGCGAACUUUCGCUUUACGAGAGAAACCACCGUUUAUGAGGCUUUUCAAUAUCUUUUUGAUGAAGAUCGGCCUAUUGACAAGCAAAAAGAAACGCAGGCUUCCACAGGAGGCAUGUCUUUAACAGUUCUCGAUACGUUUAUUUUAAUCCACCUUUUGUAUGCCUAUAUAAACUCUCACAUGACCGUCCUAGCUCCUAUUAUACGACUUCGACAGUUUCGGGAGCAAUCUAGGUCACUGACACCAUCGAAUGGCAGUCGAUCAGUCUCACGCAAGGCUUUCAUCCCAGAGGAUCCUAUCCUCGGACACAUUCGCACUGCCUUGGCUCGAUGGCGUACCAUAUGGAUGAACCUCCGGGAACAGAUACCAGCCCAUGAGUGGGCGUCGAUGGGCUUCUUCAAGAAUGGGUACAAUUUCUACCUCGUCGCCCAACUCCUGACUACGCAGAAACAAAGCGUAGACGUCAUUAUGCAGAUGGAAGUCAAAUGUGAGGACAAGCUAGGGAAACUCAAGGUCUUGUUACAGGACGAAAACGAUUGA